AUGGGAGCGAACCAAACCAGGGGAAGCUCUAGCUCUAGGAACAAGGGGAGAGAUGAGAAUGCUGUUGACUUGUGUAAUCAUGAGGUUGACGUGUCCAACCUUGUGAUUGCAGCUCUUGCUGUGGCAGGACUGGGUCUGCUGGGUUUUGGUUUGUCUGGACUUUUUUCAGGUUCAGGGCAGAGGAGGACGAUGAAAGCUCCCGGCAGAGACAGCAGAAUCUUCAGGGAUGUUUUUGAGCGAAACCCUUCUGCUUAUUUCAGAGACCUGCGCAAGUAG